CCUACAUUCUGUAUUUUUCCAUGUUCCGUACUUCUUUGGAACACAUUCCUAUUUCCAAAUUCCUGUCUUAUUGUUUCAACAAAAACACUGAACAGGCAUGAAAGUUUGCUUGAAACGAAACAGUUAAAAACAAAAAAGAACUGUUUUCCGGAUAUGUGUUUGCAUUGGUUUUCUUUUAUACAUGCCAGAGAGGACUUCCUACAUGUGUUAAUAACAUUUUCUGAAUGCACGUGGUGAAUAUUUUUAGAUAAUCCUGUGAUUUUUAUAAUUAUUUUGUACACUUGAAUCCAAAAAUGGGCAGAAAAAGAGAUCCAACACAGGUAGUAAAAUCUGGACCAGGCAGAAAAGCCCGAAAACAGCAGCCACCUACUUUUAAGGGUCUAUUAGAAGACUCUACAGAAACAAAAAAAUUAAGCAGUAGACAGAAGAAAAGAUUGAAAAAACGGGACUUAAAGAAGCAAGAACUGCUUACAAGAAAAAGAGAAAAAGAAGAAAGUUUCCUGAAACUGAAGGCCCAAAAGCAACUCAAAAAUGAAUUACAGAAAAAGCAGUCAGUUCCAAACAAAGACAAUAAGAGCAGCCAAAAUACUGAUGGAAGAAAGAGGAAGCUGGUGACAGAGGAAUCGGAUGAGGAAGAGGAAGAGGAGGACGAGGAGGAGGACAGUGCUGAUGAAGAUGACAUGGAAGAUGAUGAUGAUGAGAGUGAAGAUGAAGAAGAACAAGUCAGUGAAGAUGAAGAAUCUGAUGAUGAAGAUAUCGAAGGAUACACUGAUGAUAAUAAACUAUGGUUAAAACCUUCCAAUCGGAAUAAGGAUGCUGAAGACAGUGAAUCUGAAGGAGAAGAAGAAAGUGAUGAUGAUAUGGCUGAUGAAUUUGAUAGUGAUGAUAGUGAUGAAGAGGAGGAGGGGGGAGAUGAAAGUGAUGAAGGGAUGUUACCCAUAGAAAAAGCUGCAAAGAAGUUAAAUAAAAAGCAGGAGAAAGAGAGAAAACUGGCAGAAGCAGAACUUCAGACCAACAUAUCAGAAAUGGAGAAGUAUACUCUGCCCAGUGGACAGGAAAUCGAAAAAGAAAGCCAGCAAAUGCCAGACCUGCAGCUGAUUCAGCAGAGAAUUAAAGAGGUUCAAUACGUACUGGGGGACUUUAAGAGUAGAAGAGAGUCAGACAGAAGCAGGCAGGAAUACUUGGAUCAACUUGUCAAGGAUCUGUGUGCUUAUUAUAGCUACAAUGAAUUCCUUAUGGAGAAACUACUACAGCUGUUUCCUCAUGAGAUCUCAGAAUUUUUGGAAGCCAAUGAAGUACAAAGACCUGUGACAAUUCGUACAAAUACACUGAAAACCAGGAGACGGGACCUAGCACAGGCUUUGAUCAACAGAGGAGUGAAUUUGGAUCCCAUUGGAAAGUGGUCAAAAGUUGGACUAGUUGUGUAUGACUCACAGGUGCCCCUAGGUGCCACACCUGAGUAUCUGGCUGGCCAUUACAUCAUACAAGGAGGAUCUAGUUACCUACCUGUCAUGGCCCUGGCCCCCCAGGAGAACGAGCGAGUUCUGGACAUGUCCUCAGCUCCAGGAGGAAAGACAACUCAUAUUGCUGCUUUAAUGAAGAAUACAGGGGUGGUGUUUGCCAAUGAUGCCAACAAAGACAGAGCAAAGGCAAUAGUUGGCAAUGUCCACAGAAUGGGUAUCACCAAUACUGUCAUUUGCCAUUACGAUGGAAGGAAAUUCCCCUCGGUUAUGCAUGGUUUUGACAGAGUUUUGUUGGAUGCUCCAUGUAGUGGGACAGGGGUCAUUGCCAAGGAUACAGAGGUCAAGAUGAAUAAGGAUGAAAAAGACAUUCAGAGGUGCUCCCAUUUACAGAGAGAAUUAUUACUGGCUGCCAUUGAUUGCUGUGAUGCCAAGUCUAACACUGGAGGAUACAUUGUGUACUCCACCUGUUCUAUUCUUGUUGAUGAGAAUGAAUCUGUGAUAGAGUAUGCACUAAGCAAAAGAAAUGUCAAAUUAGUUCCCACAGGGCUAGACUUUGGCAAAGAAGGAUAUGUAAACUUUGAGAAACACCGAUUCCACCCCAAUAUGAAACUUACAAGACGGUUUUAUCCUCACACACAUAAUCUGGAUGGAUUCUUUGUUGCCAAACUGAAGAAAUUUUCAAACAAAAUUCCAGGCGAGGAAGAGAAAACUCGGGUUGCAGCUGAGAUGGCAGAGUCUGUGAACAUUUCUGAUGAGGGCAAGAAAGAAAAGGAGGGAGAGAAGGACAGCAAACCAGCUGAAGACAAGAAGGAGGAGGAGUCACCAGUCAAAAAAGAGAACCAGAAAAAGAGAACUAAUAAAUAUAACAAAAAAGACAAUGGAAAAAAGACCUUCAAACCUGGCAAAUUCAAAAAAUUUAAAAGUGGUGAUGGAAAAUCAAAGCAAAUGAUGCAAAAGAAGAAAGCAAAGACAAAAAAAUGAAUCUAAGGUUUAUGAUAUUACAGUGAAAAUUUGGAAAACGAUCAGAUUGUUAUCAUUUAUGAGAGACAUGAUGGUGUACGUGCUAGCACGUAAAGUAAAGGAGACUUUAAUUUGAAACGUACAUAUUCAUAUCAAAUACAUGUACAGACAAGCCAUUCUGUAAAAAUACAAGUAACAUUCAUGCAUCACUUUUGAAAAUAAUCUUGUAAUAUGAUGAUCAUGAAGUAAUUAUGCAUUUAGGGUACAAAGAUUUCUUGCAAGAAUCAAUGAAUAAAUGGUAUAUUUGAA